CCGUCGAGCUGCGCGCGCCCGAGCUGCUCUGUAUGGACACAAAGCGCAGCUUCUGGCACAGUUUGGAGUUUACAUCGAAGCUUUAAUAAGAGUCAAAGCCAGUGUGUGGACGCUGUCAUGGCUGUGGCUGAAGCGCUUCUGCCUGGUCUGACAUCGUUCCCGAGCGUCAAAGCGAUGAAUAAUCUUUGUAGCAUGGAUGAGUGCGCGCGGAGCGGCGCAACAAGUGUCCAAGACAGCUCGCGCAUCGAGGUGGAGUUCAGCAUCGUCCAGUCUCCGUCUGGACCCCCCAGAGAGGAGGACGAGCUUGGGAAGUUUCUGGACCUGGAGUUCAUUUUGUCCAACACCCUCGGAGCUGAUGUGGGCAGCAAUGACAGCGGGGAGGGCUCUCUUUCCCAGCAGCAGAGCGCGUACUCCCUCCCGGAGUCUCCGGAGAGCUGCAGCGGUGGUUCGGUUCCAGACUCCACGGAACACCCCUCAGCUGCUGAUGGCGCUCACCUGGCGGCGCAGGGCUACCACUGCUUCACCGAGGCCAGCCCGGUGCGCAGCCUGAUGGCGGAGCUCCUCACCCCUGAGAUGAGCUACCUGGAGGAAAGCCCCUCGGAGGGGGCGGCCAAAAUGAGGGAGCGCUGUGAGUACACGGAGCUGCGGGCUCUGAACCCCCUCGCAGCUCCGGCUGCAGCACCCACGCUGGGAUGCAAGGUCAAAGCCGAGUUUGGAGUCCAGUCUUGCAUGAUGGCUGCCAGGAACUUUGUUGAGCAGAUGCGCUCCGUGCAGUCGGCGGCUUUUACGCACCAGCAGGGCUCAGGUCCAGGUGCGCUGCACGGCUUCGGCGCGCACCCUAAUCACCAGGGACGCGCAGGCUGCAAUAUGGCGCAAGUGAACUCAACCCAUCACCUUCACAACCCCCAUCUUCCGAACCAGUACGUGAGCGCGCCGUACCCCCCUCAGUACGCGCAGUUUCAAGGACAGUACGGCGUGCACAGAGAGCACAUCCACCAGCAGCAGCAGCAGCAUGCCGCCGCUGUGCACGGAAUGAUGCUCACGCCCCCUUCCUCGCCGCUGCUGGAGUUUUACGCGCACGACGAGGCAGGGUGCGCCAAGCAGAAGCGAGGCCGCAAGUCGUGGACACGAAAACGCGCAGCCACGCACAACUGCGAGUUCCCCGGCUGCGGGAAGACGUACACGAAGAGCUCCCACCUCAAAGCCCACAUGAGGACGCACACAGGUGAGAAGCCGUACCACUGCAACUGGGAGGGCUGCGGCUGGAAGUUCGCCCGAUCCGAUGAGCUCACGCGCCACUUCAGGAAGCACACGGGACACAGACCCUUCCAGUGCCACCUGUGCGAGCGCGCCUUCUCCCGCUCAGACCACCUGGCUCUGCACAUGAAGAGGCACAUGUAGCACCCCCCCCCCCCCUUCCCCCCCAUGGACACUUCCUCCAUCCAUCAGGGUCUCACUGACUCCAGAGUCCCACCAGUAAAUGCAAACAGUGAACUCUGAGAAGCAAUAGAAUAUUUCUUUGGGAAAGCUUUUUUUUAAAGUGCCUCAUUUUUUCUACUGUUCAGUGCCUCUGAUGGUGUUUUUGUACAUAUUUGUAAAAAAAAAAAAAA